CUUUGACUGUGUUAGCCUUGAAAGGCGUCAUGUAAUUAAUUUGGAAAAUUUUUAGUAUUUUUGUUGUUUGGCUUGUAUUUGGGAAUGGAUGACGUAAUGUGGAGUUUUGCGAAGUUAUAUCAUUCCUUAUUCAUGGCUCCUUCUCACUUUAAUAUGAACAUGAACUGACAAUAACCGGCAGCGUAUUAGUUUACGUGAAGUGUCAUUUCAGUACCACCUGAUAAGAAAGUUGCUAAUUGAAAAUGGCAGCUGAAGGUGGGGUUGUGAGCGUGAAAAGCCGAUUCAGCCAAUUGUGGGAAUGGUUGCAAUGGUGUCCAGUUUCAACAGAUACUCUUCGGACAAUUGAAAAGAAAAUAAUGACAUGUUUAAAAACAAAAUAUCGUGGAUGGUAUGUCGAUAUAGGAGCUGUUGUCGGGACAUCAGACAAAGUAUGGACCGUUUCUCUUAAUGAAGAAUCUCCACGAACACCAAUUGUAUUACUUCAUGGUCUCGCAGCAGGUGUUGCUUUGUGGUGUCUUAAUUAUGAUUCAUUGGCCAGCAAAAGACCUGUAUAUGCAAUUGAUCUUCUGGGUUUUGGUCGAAGUUCAAGACCAACAUUCAGCAAAGAUGCAAUGGAAGCAGAACAGCAAUUUGUGCGCUCUGUGGAGGAAUGGCGGCGUGAAAUGAAACUGGAAAAAAUUAUACUCUUGGGACACAGUAUGGGUGGAUUCCUUGCUGCAUCUUAUGCACUUGCUCACCCACAGAGAGUGAAGCAUCUGAUACUGGCUGAUCCAUGGGGCUUCCCAGAAAGACCACCUGAAGCUUCAAGACGCAUUCCUCUCUGGGUUCGAGCAAUUGCUUUUAUUAUGCAACCAUUUAAUCCAUUGUGGCCUAUUCGGUUGGCAGGACCAUUUGGUGAGUGGUUAAUAGCAAAGACGAGACCUGAUCUUACAAGAAAAUUCGCACCAGCACUUGAAGAGAAUGUUAGCCUGAUACCUCAGUACAUUUAUCAGUGCAACGCUCAGAAUCCCACAGGUGAAGCUGCAUUUCGUGCAAUGAUGUCUGGAUUUGGGUGGGCAAAACACCCAAUGAUUCAACGUAUACAUUCCUUGCCUCCAGAGAUUCCAAUAACCAUAAUAUAUGGUUCAAGAUCUUGGGUUCAGAACACACCGGGGGAAACAAUACAGCAAGCUCGCACAAAUUCAUAUGUCAAUGUGCAGGUAAUUACAGGUGCUGGACACCAUGUAUAUGCUGAUAAAAGUGAAACUUUUAAUCAGCAUGUACUUGAAGCAUGUGAGCUGUCAGACAGACGUGAUAGCAGACUGUUGGGUACUCUUACUCAAAAUGGAGAUGAUGAAAGUGAUGAUGAUGAAAGUGAAAGUGAUGCUGAGGGAAAUAUACUGGAGGAUAUACGUUUUGUUCCUAGUUGAAACAGUCUAUGGAUCUCAUAUUUCGUGAAAUGUAAAACUGCAAUUUGUUUGUAGUUGAAUUUGUUGAAGAUUCAAAUUCAUAUAUGCAAUUGUUUUAAAUAUCUUAAAUUUUAUUUAUGAUAAAAUGGAAAUUUAGUGUAAAAUAAAACAUAUUUUAACAUGUAUAAGAUUUUAACAAUUUUUGAAAAUGGAAAAUGGGCCACUUAUUACCAGAUGUCAAAGCAGGAUAUGGAGUAGGGAUGAGACACACAUCUGAAAAUGUAAUUACACUCUAGCUUUUAUAAGUGUCAUUAAUUUCCGAAUUGGAAGAAAGGAAGUACUGAUUAUAAAAAAGGUAUAUGAGAUUUAUGGAUUGAUGUUUAUAGCCAAGGAAAGUUACUUGAUGAGACCUAUCAGUAAACAUAAAUGUGAGUGAGUGGUGGCCUAACUUCACUAAACUCUAGGUUCAACCAUAAUUUAAAUUUUCUCUUUAACCUCAGAUACCGUUAAUUUGCCAGUGGGCAAGUAGACUUCUAUUGCAUGUCACUAAUAUUAGUGAUAUAUAUAUAUAUUUCCCCUUUCAUUGUUGAAUAAGAUUUUAAUUUGUAUAUUGCUUCCUCUUUUCUUAAUUUCACUAUAUUGGCUAAAUACAGAACCACCUCUCUGCUGAUGGCAAGAUAUUACAGAAAAUAAGGAAACAUGAAUAAGACUUUGAGCAGUGGACAUAAUGUAUCCAUGAGCAUAUGUCCCUACGGUUCCUCUUGCUGUAUUGAAUAUGCAAAAUAUGCAAUUCAAAGUUUCAAACUUUUGCACACUUUCCUUUUUGUGUUUCCCUUCAUCUACAUUUCUGCUGCUUAGCUUUUUUUAUUAUUUUGUAUGUCUUCCAGGACUUAUUAUUACACAUGUAGUGUAUAGAUUAGCACUUCCGAAAUUUGUGAGAUGUUGCAUGUGUAAGUAAUGGGAGUAGGGUCCUGUUAAGUUCCAGUCUUCCUUUUGUUGUUCUCUGAAAUCACCUCAGGUGAUCUUCCCUAACUUGUUUUCUAUUUGAGUGAGUGCUGAGUUUAAUGACAUUAAUGUUGUAGGGACUUUGAAACUGUAAGCUAUUUUCUUUACACUAUAAAAAUGGUAAUGUGUCUAUAUAUGGAUGCUAAUACCAUUAGAAUCACAUCAUUGCAUUUUUUCCCAUUGACGAGAUAUUUUUCAAGAAAUGUGUGUGUAACAGUACUUGAACAUCUAUUUUGUAACAUGAUGUGAUAUAUUUGUUACGCUUAUUUCAUGUUUUGUUUCAAUGUGAAAUAAUGUAAAAAUAUCAACAGUGGAUGUUGCUUAAAUCUGUGAUGGACAAUCACCAAAGGAAUUGUUUAGUGAUAAGAAAUUUUGGUAACUAAAGAACAUAAAAGUAAAUAAUAUUUUAGAUAAUGUGUGUAACAGAUCUUAUUUUUACCUCUAACCCUCUGUAUUGGCAUCACAAAAGUAUGAUAUAUAUGCUACAUAAUUAA